AUGACCCUGGAGCGUCACACUCUCUCGGCCAACUGGUCCUUUCGUGACCGCGACUCCGACUCUGAUGAAUGGCUGCCCGUCCCUGUAGUGCCAUCCUCGGUGCAACAGGACCUGAUUCACAAUAAGAAAUUAAAAGAUCCAUUCAUUGGCUUCAAUGAACUCGAUGCUCGCUGGACAAACGAAAAAUCAUGGGUGUACCGCAACACCUUUACCAGACCACCAACAAUUCCUGAUGGAGCCAUCGUAGACUUGGUCAUGGAAGGUUUGGAUACUUUCGCCACAGUCAAGUUGGAUGGGGAAGUCAUUUUGAUCAGCGAUAACAUGUUUCUCGGCCACAGAGUCAAUAUCACCAAAGCUCUGGCAACAGAAAACCGGGAACAUACCAUCGAAAUUGAAUUCGACUGUGCCCUACUAAAAGCUCGGGAUAUCCGCAAUCAACAUCCCGAACACAAAUGGGUCGGCUUCAACGGGGACCCUUCUCGCCUCGCGGUGCGCAAAGCACAGUACCACUGGGGCUGGGAUUGGGGACCAGUCCUGAUGACCGCCGGGAUUUGGCGCCCAAUUCGGUUGGAGGUCUAUACCGCGCGGAUUGCGGAUCUAUGGCCAAAGGUCGAGCUCGCCGCAGACCACCAAACCGCUGAAAUCAAGACUGUGGCCACAAUUGACACUCCCAUUGACGGAGACUUCAUUGCCCACUUCACCCUGAGCUUGCGUGGCAAGGAAAUUACCAAUAUAGAUAUUCCGGUCUUGCACGGAACUCCCACCGACGUAUCCUUCCUCGUCAAUCGUCCUGAGCUUUGGUGGCCUCAUGGCUAUGGUGACCAACCUCUCUACGAGGUUUCUGUGGCUCUGCUGCGUGAUAACAAACUUAUUGACCAAACAAGCAAGAAGAUUGGCAUUCGAACAGCUGAGAUUGUUCAGCAGCCCGACAAGCAUGGAAAGUCAUUCUACUUCCGUAUCAAUGGCCAGGAUAUCUUCUGCGGGGGUUCUUGCUGGAUCCCCACCGAUAGCAUCCUGACGAAUAUCAGUGCUGAUCGGUAUCGAUUGUGGAUUGAAUUGAUGGUAGCUGGUCGACAAAAUAUGAUUCGUGUGUGGGGAGGUGGUAUCUACGAGGACGAUUAUUUCUACGAAGUUUGCGACGAACUCGGCGUGAUGGUAUGGCAGGACUUCAUGUUUGGCUGUGGUAAUUACCCAACCUGGCCAGCAAUUUUGGAAUCAAUUCAGCAGGAAACAAUUUACAACGUCAAGCGACUCCGUCACCAUGCAUCGAUCGUGAUAUAUGUUGGCAACAAUGAGGACUACCAGGUGCAAGAGUCGGAGGGACUGACCUACAAUUACAAUGAUAAAGAUCCGGAGAGCUGGCUCAAGACGGAUUUCCCUGCUCGAUAUAUCUACGAGAAGCUGCUUCCCGAAGUGGUAGCUGAGUACUGCCCUACCACCUUUUACCACCCUGGAAGCCCAUGGGGCGAUGGCAAAAUAUCAUCUGAUCCGACCGUUGGUGAUAUGCAUCAGUGGAAUGUUUGGCAUGGCACACAGGAGAAAUAUCAGAUUUUCGAUACUCUGGGCGGUCGCUUCAACAGCGAGUUCGGAAUGGAAGCCUUCCCACAUAUUUCUACGAUUGAUUAUUUUGUUGAGAAUAAGAGCGACAUGUUCCCACAAUCACAUGUGAUCGACUUCCAUAACAAGGCUGAUGGCCACGAGAGACGACUUGCGACAUAUCUGGUUGAGAAUGUCCGGUCUGCGACCGACCUCGGGACCUGCAUCUAUCAUACUCAGCUCAUCCAAGCCGAGACAAUGAUGUUCGGAUACCGCGGCUGGCGCCGACAAUGGGGCGACGAACGACACUGCGGCGGCGCCCUCUUAUGGCAACUGAAUGACUGCUGGCCCACUAUUUCAUGGGCCAUCGCCGAUUACUUCUUGAAACCAAAACCCGCGUAUUACGCAGUGAAAAGAGUUCUAAACCCAAUUGCAGUCGGGGUUCGACGCGAACAUCACGAUUGGAGUGUAGCACACGCCCAGCCACCAAAAACCAGCAAAUAUGAACUUUGGAUCGCCAGCAACAAGCCGCAAACCGUCCGCGGUCAAGUUGAGCUUCGAUUUAUAUCCGUCAAUACAGGCCGUGAGACACGGUCACCCAUCGUUCACGCGGAUGUUGAGAUCACGCCAAAUGGAACGACCAACAUAAUCACCGACGGAAUGUUGGAUCAUGUUGCAGACACCGAGCCGAUUGUGUUGGCUGCACGCCUGUGGGUGGAGAAUGAAAUCGUUGCGCGAGAUGUAGACUGGCCACAGCCGUUCAAAUAUCUUGAUCUCUCCGAUCGCAAACUCGAUGUUGAGGCGGCUUCGAUCUCUGGUUCGGUUCGUGUGACUUUCCGUGCGCACAAGCCUGUGAAGGGUCUAGUGUUGGAGGAGCAAGUCGAUGUUAAGUUGAGUGACAAUGCCUUUGAUAUUGUACCGGGUGAUGAGCACGUCAUUACCGUUGAGGGACUGGAAGGGCGUACUCUCAAAUUUCCCAAAAUGGCAUCUGAUCUCCCCCGUACCCAAAAGGCCAUCGUGGUGCAGAAUCCGGGCCCCGACCACACCAUCGUCCUGCGUGAUGACGUCCCCGUCCCGGAACCAGGACCAGGCGAGAUCCUGCUCAAACUGGAAUGCACGGGUCUAUGCCACUCAGAAGUCCGCGCAGUGUUAGGCUGGGGCGCCUACAACCCCAUAAUCGGCCACGAAGGCGUCGGGACAGUCGCAAAACUAGGCCCAAAUGUUUCAAACACAUCUAUCGGCGAGCGGGUAGGACUCAAAUGGAUCUACAACGCCUGUACAGAAUGCAGCAUUUGCAAACGCGGCUUCACACACCACUGUCCCAAUCAACAAAACACAAGCCGACACGUUCCCGGCACAUUACAACAAUACGCUCUCGCAGACGCAAAUUUCAUAACGCCCAUCCCAGCAGGCCUCGCAUCGGAGAUCGCGGCACCGCUACUCUGCGCCGGACUGACAAUGUCCGGCGCCCUAUCCCAUCUAGAAACCUCGCUGGUACCGGGUGAUUGGGUCGUGAUAUCCGGUUCUGGAGGCGGACUCGGACACGUCGGCGUUCAAAUCGCCGCGCGCAUAAACAAAUACCGCGUCAUUGCAAUUGAUAGCGGCGAAGACAAGAAGGAAAUAAGUCUCUCGUCUGGCGCGGAGGUAUUUAUCGAUUUCAAAACAGAGGACGUGGCCAAGCGUGUAGCCGAGGUUACGAGCGAAGGUGCGCAUGCAACUAUCGUUGUACCUGGUACGAAGGAGGCGUUUGAAAUGGCACCGAUGGUUAUUCGGAAUUUGGGGAUUAUCGUUAAUGUCGGGUUGCCGAGGAAUGAUAUAGAGAUUCCAAUUUCUGCGACUGUUUGUGCGGCUAGAGGAAUUACUAUCAAAGGGUCAUCGGUUGGAACUGAAAAGCAAAUGGCGGAGCUGUUGCAAUAUGCGUUACAGGGUGUGAUUACGCCUGCUAUUGAGGUGUUUGAGUUCGCUGAGGCACCUAGGCUGAUUCAGGCUCUUAUUGAUGACGGGAUUAAGGGGAGAGCUGUUGUUACUAUCCCCCAUGGCUAUUAG